AACAUGGUCGUCCAAGUAGAAGUAUUUGGAGGCCAAGGGGACGAUGUGAAGAGGAAGAUGAGCAUUCAUGCAGCAAUAAUAGAGUUAGGAGUGCCAUUAAAGAGCUCAGAUUUAGAGUAUCCCACCUGCUUGCUCAUGUUUGGCGAGGGCGCCCACUCCAAACUGACCCCGCCCAUUUUGAAAAACGUGACCAAGGUGUGCUAUACAAUGACGCGUAACAACGAACUGCGGGGAAAGGCGACUAGUGGACGCAGCGCAGUUAUGGCUAUUUUAACGGAUGGAGGUUACAAAAUUAGUGACAAUAUAGAAACCUCGAUAAGUCUGAAUGAUCCGGGAAAUCGGAUGAAUGAGGUGCUAAAAGCGUUGCGGACAAAACCCGGUAAGGUUACGCGAGUCAAGGACUUAUUCACGCUGUACGUCCCAAACAAAGUGAUCGGGGAGGAGGAACCUAUUCUGAAGUACACUGUUGACUAUGAGGAUUACGAAGGAAAUCAAUACAUUUCUAAAACCGUUUGCCUCCUCAUGAGCGACACGAUGGACGCAUUAUUAGAAAUGGGAGUUGAUGCAAUCCCGUUCAUUUGGGAAUGUGAGCCCUUAGCUGAUUACUAAAGUAGGAUCGUCCUGCAACUCAUCGACCGUGAUUUGGACGAUGCACUCGUGAUAUCCGUGAUAUGGAAGUGCAUCAAAGUUGUCAUUCUGGAUGAUCGCGAAGAAUGGACGAAACGUUGGGAGGCUAUCCAAGCGUUUAGGAUAACAAGAGGUCUCGGUGAGAAGGAGGAACUUUAAAUUUUUGUGUUCGUUUUACGAUUAGUUUCGUGUAAAAAAUCAGCACAUUACAAUGAAUACAGUAAAGUAGCAAGAAACGUAACACCGGUUAUACGAGUAGUAUGAAUUGGACAAAUAAAUAAUUUUUACAAUUUUUGAAUUGCACUUAUGACUUUUUAAAUACUGGUUUUUACUGUACAGUACAGGUGAUUCCACGACAGUUUUAUCAUAUUAAUAUCAAGAUGCCUAACAAUAAUUAAUGGACAUUUUUCACAGUGCCUUAAGCAAAUUCUAACUUAGAAAUCCUUAAUUCAUUUGAGUUUUGACUUUUCAAUUUAUGAGUAUAAUAAAUGCGCUCAGAUAUAUGUACAUAUUUACGUCAUCCGUAUAAUCUUGCAUGAAUAAAUAAUGCUUUUUAAUUUUGGACUUGCAGUUACAUAAAUCUUUUUACUAGUUCUUAUUAUGCACAUACGUGGUUUUAGAAUUAAGAAGAGACUGCACAUAGCUCUUUUUAGAAUUACUCCGCAUAUAUGGAAACAUGAUUACAUAAUUUUACAAAAAUAUGUGCUAUUUCAUAAAAUGAGUUACAAAGCGUCCAAUCAAGGGGAAAGAAUU